GCAAACAGCUGAUGGUCGCACGUGAAGGAAGCUUCGCCGGGUGACUAAGGGGCAACCGGCGACAAAGGGUGAAAGGGCUGGAAACCGGCUGGAGGAAUCCCGCAGUCUCCGGCAGUCGCGGUCAUCAGACAGUCUCUGGCGCUGCUCAGGACGCCUGUCGGAGAGUGUACGUGACGCGUCGGCCGGCCUGGCUGUGGCCGGCUGCUGCCACUGAAUAUGAACUGCUUUCGGAAAGCGAAUAACAACUAUCUGUGCAAGAUCGUUCUUCUAGACGGACAGGAACUGACUCAAGACAUCCGGGAUGACACCUUGGGACAGGAGCUUUCGGACAGCGUGUUUCGACAUCUGCACUUGCGUGAAACCGCCUACUUCGGUCUGAGAUUCGUGCACACCACUCAACAACCGCUGUGGUUGAACCCGAAUAAGAAGGCUGCGAAGCAAUUGAAAGGAACCGAUCCAUUUAUUCUCUACUUUUGUGUCAAGUUCUAUGCAACUGAGCCGUGCAAACUUCUAGAUGAGAUCACACGGUAUCAGUUUUUCCUGCAAGUGAAGAAGGACAUCGUAGAUGGCCGCCUGCCUGUACGCGGGGAGCUCGCUUCGGAGCUGGGGGCUUACGUCGCCCAGUCCGAGCUGGGCGACCACGACCCGAGCGCACACCAGCCUGGCUACUGCGCAGAGUUCCAGCUGGGCAUGGCCCCGGCGGCCGGCGACGGCGGCAUUGCUGCCCUGCACCGCACCCUGACCGGCCAGGCGCCGGCUGCCGUAGAGUCGGCUUUUCUCGAGAAGGUGCGUUGGCUGGAGAUGUAUGGCGCAGACCUGCACCCCGUGCUGGGGGAUCAGCAGACGGAAUCCUUCAUCGGACUGGCCCCAUCGGGUGUGUUAGUGCUCAAGGGGAAAGGAAAGAUCAGCAACUACUUCUGGCCAAGGAUAACCAAAGUCUUCUGCAAGAAGAAUUACUUCAUGCUCCGGGUUCGAGACAAGGACAGCGAGGAGCACACGUUCGGGUUCCAGGCGCCCAGCCGGACCGCCUGCCGCCUCCUGCUGCAGCACUGUGUUGAGCAGCGUGAUUUCUUCCGACAGGCACGCGCCGGCCCCCCGGCCGGGGCCGCCACGUCGCACGGCGGUCGAUCGGAGAGCCGGAGGGAGGCGUCCGCGACGGUCCAUCAGCGGCAGGCGGGCAGGAGGGCUGGGGCCGGGCUCCAGCCGCCCCCAAAUACACAGCAAGCACUUCCACGAUCCGAUAGUGAUGCUGACACUCCUUCCAUUUGCCACAAGAAGGUGUCAGUGCCGCAGCCUGUGCAGAGCGCGUCGGCGCUGUACCGCGCCAGCUCGGUGCACCUGCAGUCGAAGACGCCGCCGGACUCGCCGCGCUCGGCACACUCAGCCGCCGGCUCCGCCAGCCGGCUGUCUGGCCUGUUCAGCGCCGGCCAGCUGACCAAGGCGCGCAGCCGCGCCAGCAUCGACAGCCAGUCGUCGGCGGACAGCAGGACACAGCGCAGGAGCCGUCACCGGCGGGAGUCGAGUGUGGCCAGCGAUGCCAGCUCCGGCCAAAGCUCACUGCGCUCCAGCCGGCGCUAUCGAGGCCGCCGGGCCGAGUCCGGCUCCGACUCGGACAGGAGCGGCGGCAGCCGCCGGCACCGCAGCCGCAGACACAGACACCAGCAGUCGAACUGCGAGCUGGUGGACUCGGAGCCGCAGUGGCGGGAGGUGCAGAGACUGCAGGCCGAGAGACUGCGGCCGUCCGGCUACCAGAACUCCGGCAUGGAGACCGAGACCGAGCUCUCUUACCAGCCCAAGAGGAGGGUCAAGAAGCACAGCCGGUCCCGGUCCCGGUCCCGCUCGCCGGAGACGGGUCGUAACCGCCGCCUGCCGGCCGAGCUACGACGCCACCUGCAGUUCGGCCUGGUGGACCCGACGGCCGACAAUGUUGGCGACAUUCCCUACACCAAGGUCACCACCGAACUGCGCAUGCCCAGGAUCCGGUACGCCGCCAAGCGCAGCCAGAGGAGCGACUCGACGACUGACCAAAAGUGGGACGGUGGCGCCGACCAGCCAGCCGCGGCCUCUGUCUCGGAGCGACUGCCUCCUGAGGGUGCCAUCGCGCCGACGGCCGCCUACCCGCCUCCGGCGCCGCCGCGGCCCACCACCGGCAACACGCUCUCCAGCUACUACGUGCGGAGCGUGCCCUCAGAUAGGGCGCGGCCGGCCACGACGCCCGCCGCCCUGGACAGGACCGUGCCGGGCGAGCCCGCCUCUGCCGCCGUGACCGUGACCCGAGGUCAAGUGACGCGGACCACCGAGCAGCAGUACGACAAUUCCGACUCCGGGCUGGGCAACGAGUCGCCCAUCGAGUUCAGCAGGACCGCGACAGAGUCCCCGUCGUCCAGUUCCCGUGGAUCUCGCACGGUGACGUCAGGGGCUGGGACUUGGCAAACAACAGCCGGUGAGGACGUGCGAGGUGGCCACCGCGCUGUGAGUGUAGUGACGUCAAGGGUGACGUCACUGGCGGCAGCUUAACGGCGAGCAGCGGUGGUAUGGCUGAUGUCCCGCUGAAAGGACCGUGACGUCACGGCUGACGUCACUGGCGGCAGCCUAUCGGCGGACAGCGAUGAUGUGGCCGAGGUCAGAGUCAGACUGAGCCGCUUUGACGCCGUGUCGGAGGGCCGCCAGUUGUCAGUCCUGUCGGCAGGCGUGGCCUGACGUGACGGGUGUUGCAUUAUGCGUGGACUGACGUCACUGGUGUUACGUCAUGCGUGGAUCAGCGUCCCCGGGUGUUACGUCUCGUGUCAAUCAGUGCUGCUGGUGUUGCCUAAUGGGGACAAGGUUGUUUUCUGUUAACAGCAGCCCGAGAUUCACAUUUGCACGAUGAUUGCUCGAUAGUGUCUCGGCUAACGUUGGCCAUCCUGGUGACAAAUGUGACUUGCACUUGGUGACUCCACGUGCGAUUUGGUAAUCAACAUGUCGACGCAUGAAAUGAGAAUAUGUUGAUAUUAAAUUGUAAGCUUGCGGGUAAGUGGAAAGAUCGUACCACUGUCCAUGGAGAAACAGGGUCCCAAGUUGAAUCAUUCUGGAACAACCCUGAGAGUUCGAAUCUAACGAUCUGCUCAUUCGCAGCACUAGCCGAAUCACAGGAGGUCGUGUCAGUCCAUUGCAGUGCUGACACAGUCAGUAUAGCAAUCGUUUUAAUUUACGAUUUCAGUCAGUGAUGGUUAUGAGUGCAGUGCGCGAACUUCUGUCGACAUGUCUUGAAAUCACGCGUGUCUAAAUGUGGCGUUUCUGAGGGACGGAAAUACCCCUGAGCUGUACUUUUCCACACGAGGAUUGACGUGGGACAAAGCCGUUUUUGGUGUGUUGUAUAUAUACUAUUGGUGUCGAUGGUUAUCGCACUUCUAAAUAUGAACGACGUUCUACUUUCACCGCGUCGUUCGCGUUUGAUUUUGAACUGUGCGCAAUCAGCCUGAGAUGUCUGUUAAAAAAUUGUCAGCAAAUGUGCUUUACUCGCGCCUUGAGCGACGCCGCUCACGACAUUGUGAAAUUUGCGGCUCACAGCAUGCUCAUUGUGCUCGAAAUACAGGCUGACCGAAC